AUGUUUAAUUUAAAGAUAUUGAGAUCUGAUACAGGAUCACUAUAUGAAAUACCUGUAAACUCUUCAGUCCUUGUUGGCAAUAUAAAGGAUUCUUUAACCUCUGUAACAGGUUUGACACAGAAUGAACAGAUACUAUUGGUAGACUCUACAAACUUGAGUUCAAACAAUACAUUGGAACACUAUGGUAUAGUUAAAGAUACAGAGAUAUACCUUUAUAACAAGAAGAUAUUGGAUAGUCAUAGUUACAUACCCGAAGAGGUCAACCUCUCAAUAGUAGAUUUCCAAAUCCCUAGACUACCAACACCAAAGAACUUAAAGGAGUUGGAGGCAUCAUUGAAUCCUUUGAACAAGCUGUUCACAUUGGACUUUUAUCUCAACAAUCAUGUUGUUGGUACACAAUAUCUCAAGGACAUCUUUGAGAACAAGGUACUCCAGUGUCUAGACUCUCUAAACGAGAUCAACAUCCAGAAGAAGUCAAUCGCUACUGCGUUGAGUAGUCUGGAUGAUUACAAAAGCAAACUAUUCCAUCAUUACAACACCUUUAUCACAGUAUUUAGGAAGCAAUCGCCACACUUUGAAUCACUGCUACGAUCAUUCGAUUCGGAUUUGUACAGACUAAAGCAGAUCAAGUUGCACGAUGCACUUAGAACAUCAACAAGGGUCACACUGCUAGAUUGUGUUCCAGAGGUGGAGAUCAGGAAAUGGAGCGAACAAUGUAGACGAGAGUAUGAUAUACUAAAGAGCAGAGUGAUGGAGCUUGGCAGUCAGAUCGAUGCAAUCAAAGAUUCAAUUGAGCAUUCUCUCAGGAAGACUGUGGAGAUCAAUUUCCAAGAGUUGAACGAAAGACUAUCAAUAUCUCGAGAGCAUACCAAGCAGUUCCAAGUACUUCAUCAAACAGCAGUGUCGAACUCUGAGAAGAUUAAGAAGGCAUUGGAGACAGCAAGGAACUCAAAGGAUCCCAAUCAACUAUCAACCAUUGUAAUGUCAUUCUCUGAGAUCAAACAGACACAAGAGGCAAACUUCUCGAUAUCACUUCGAAACGCAGAGACUUUGAUGUCCACACUGGUUCAAUUCUCCAAGGCCAAGAACUAUUCCAAUCAAUACGUCUUUGCAGAGCUACGUACCAUCUCCAAGCUUCAAUCAGACAUGCGACAGAUAUUCAACAAUCUUUCGGUCUGGAACGAAGCCAUCGCCAAACAAACAUCAAACUUCUUCCAGCUGGAGUGCAUCCACAACAUGCCCGCGGCAUACGAGGAUGCCCUCAGCGAGACAUCGAGGAGGCGACGAUUUGGCAACACAGUCAAUGCCAAUCUGAGCAGAUUCAUCCAAUCACUCAAUGACAUUAGAGACAAUGAGAAUCAGAAGCGACAAAAGUUCAUCGAGCGAGUGUUCCAGUUCUUGCCACCUGGUGUAUUCAACUCUCUAAAGGAGCAACUGCCUCAAUUCCAACUUCACCUUCCACCCUUUGACAACAACCUGGCACCAAUCUACGAUAACCUACUCAAGGGUAACGAUGAGGAUGAGUUCACAAUGGUCGAUGGAUAUGACCCACAGCUUCAAUCAUUCAAGAAGAAGCAACCAGGUGAUGAUCGUGCCAGCAUGAUCUCAUCGAUGGAGAACUCAAAGCUGAUGGAGCUACAGCAGAAGGAGAAGAUUGAGAACUUGGAGGCAAAGUUACAAUCGACAUUCUUGAUGGCAUCACGUGCAGAGGAUCGAUACAAGGAUCUGUUGGAGAAGUCAAAGGUGGUGCAGAGCGAGAGUAUCACACAGAGUACGACAAGGAAUUCAUUGAUCGAUGGUCUCAAGAGGGAGCUGAAGGAGAAGGAGCAGGAGAUUGCCACACUCUUGCAGGACAACCAGUCCAACCAGAAGAGCAUGGAGUCGUUGCAGGCGCAUGAAGCACAGCUCAACACAAAGCUUCAAGAGUUGGAGACUGAGAAUGCAAAGAACCUAAAGAGUCUGGAGCAGUAUAGAGAUCGAGUGGAGCAGUUACAGAGCGAGAGUGGCAAAAAGGACAAUCAAAGCUUCACAGAGAUGUCUGCACUGCGAAUGGAGUUGGCCGAUGUAGUCAGAGAGAAGAUGGAGCUGUGCAGCGAGAUCAACGACCUCAAGGAGCAGAUCGCCAGACACGAGGAGUUCAUUCAGAUAUCAAACAGCUCGAUCAUCGAGUCCAAGUUGCAGAUGAACACCGAGCUCGAUGAGAAGUCCAAGCUUUUGGACCAGACACAAGAGACCAAGGCCAGGUUGGAGAAUGAACUGUCCGAGUCCAAGUCAUUGGUGACCGAUACCAAUCGCAAGCUGGCCACGCUCGAGCAGGACAAGCAGGCGUUGGAGAGAAGGGUCAGUGUCCUGACUGGCGACAUGUCUGAGCUGGAGAAGAAGCUCAAUGAUGUCAAGGGCGAGGCUCAAUCAAGACAGUACGAGAUCAAAGCCAAAGAGGCACAGAUUGGUGAGCUUCAAAAGACAGUGGAGAGCAAUGAGGCGAUGAUCAAGAAGCUACAGGUGGAGCUGGAGGUGUUGAGGAAUGAGGUGGACAGACAAUCAAAGAGGAGAGCCGACGACUCAAAGAAGUGGGAGGUAGAGUCGAGCCAACACGAGAAAGAGGUGACUGAGAAGGAUGAUCAAAUUGCCAAACUCAAGGAUCAACUGGCUCAGUUCAGUAUCGAGUUUGAUAUGUUGAGACAACAGAGCAAUGCAAAGAAUGGCGAUGUUGAAUCAAAGGAUACCAUCAUUGGUAUACUCAAGGAGCAGUUGGCUGACCUCACGAAUGAUUCCAAACAGAAGGAUGAGGUGUUGAAUCGUUCAGAGCUACAGCUUCGCGACAAUGAGGAGUCGAUCAAGAGAUUGGAGGCGCGCAUUCAAGACCUGAUCAAGGAUGUCGAGGAGGACACAAUGGCCAAGGACAAGAGCUUCAAUGGUCUGAGGCAAGACCUACAGGAAUCAAACUCGGUCAUCAUCGUUCAGACCGAAAGACUGGCACAGUUGGAGACACAGGUCAAGGAGCAGCAGGAGGGCGCCAGGAAGGAGAAGGAGGACCUACUCAAUCAGAUUCAGUCACUCAACACCAUCCUCAAGGAGAAGGAGCAAGAGUGUUUCAAGCUGGAGAAGGGCAACAAUGACCUACAGAGAACGAAUAGCGAGUUGUUAAAGAAGAGAUCAGACGGCGACAAGCAAAUCGAAGAGUUGACAAAGACCAAGGAUACACUGGAGCAAAGUGUCGAGAAGCAGAGGAAGGAGAUCGCCAGUCUCAAGGCGUCCAACGAGGAAACAAUCAAUGCACUCAACCACAGUUAUGAGAGAGUGGACAAGAUGGAGCACGAUGAGAAGGAGCUCAAGAAGAGGUGCGCAGACAUGGAGAAGAAGUUGAAGGACAAGGAGCACACACUGGACAGCGCAUUGGUCAGCACCGAUGAGCUAUCAAAGAAGCUUAGAUCAAUCGAGAUAUCAAACUCCGAGACAAACGAUCAACUACUGGAUAGCAUCGAGAAGUUGAACGAGGAGCUCGAGCAGUGCAAGGAGAAGCUGACACUCAACGAGGAGAAGAUCGCCUAUCUCAAGAAGCAGCUGGACAUGUCCAACAUCAACUAUGCCAACUCACUCACACAGAUGGACAAGAAGGAGCAACAGGUGUCGAGCUUGUCCGUGGAGCUGCAGGAGGCCUCCAACCUAGUGCAGCGUGUCAAGGAGAUAUUCGACGUUCCAAUGGACCAGGUAUCACAGCAGGCUGUGAUGGGCAAGCUCAGACAGUUCAAGGACAGCUACCUAUCAAUGGAGAAGUCCUUGGAGCAGCUCUCUCUCAGUGAGCAGAAGCUGACCGAGAAGAUACAUCGUCAAUUGUUGGAGGAAUUCAUCAACUCUAGAGAGAAUGAGGAGACUGCCCAACUAUCCAACUUCCAGCACAGCAGAUUGGCAGUGUUUUCAUAUGUCAAGAAAGGUGUCUAUGAGGCCAUCAACAAGAAAUGUCCACGAUACUACCUGUCACCUGAUUGCUUCGAUUCGUUCAUGGAUGAAGUAUCAAAGAAGGCGAUAAUCAUUGGAUCGAUCAUUGAAGUUAACGAACACAAGGCCGAAGCAGGAAACAUGUUUGAACUUCCCGUUGGAACAGUAUUCCAUGAGUUAAUAGUUGCCAAGUUGGCAUAA